AUGCCGCAAUCCACCGAAGAGCGCGUCGAGCACGCGCUAUCGAAGCUCCUUGAUCACCUGCUCCCCCACGCCGGAGAGCCCGGCGUCUCCUCCGACGUCAACCAUGCUGCCGACCUCAUCAAGAAGAAACUGGUGCGCGAGAACACCUCGCCCGAGAAGGCCUUGCGCUUCACCAACCUCUACUCGAGACUGCUCACGCAGCCUGUCCUGAAACGAAAAUGGGAAAUGCUUUACUUCCUCUUCCAGCUCUCCGACUCCGACCUUCCCAUCCUGCCGCCUGGCGUCCGCUCUCCGCCCCGCUCUCCGCUCCGCUCUCCCGAACAUGCCGCCAACUUCCAGUCGCUGGCCAAUCUUGACCCUACGUCGCCCUCUCGCUUCGCAAGAGAUUACGGAGAAGCCCAGUACGCGGAUAAUCCAACAUUCAAUGAGGCCUUUGCCAAUGCAGGCCUUUCACGACUUCCGCCUAUCGAGAGCAUGGAAGCGGCCAAGGCAGCGCUUCAGGACAGGCCCAAGACUGCCGACAGACCAAAAACGGCCGAUAAAAGGACAAGAGACGCGAGACGAGAGGAGGAACCUGUGCCUGAGACGCCGGUGCUCAAGAAACAUACCUCUCUCACUGCAUACGAGCCGUCGGAGCCAGAUCUCCUACGCGAUCUGCCUUUUACCCUACAAGGCCUCUCCUCGUCCAACCUUGCGUUUGCCAACCCUUCCACUCUCAAGUUUCCCACGACUAUUCCCGCCCCUGUAGUCAGCCUUCUUCACACCCUCGCGGAGCCGUCACUUUUAUAUCGUAAGCUUUCGCAAUUCGUCGAGUCUUCCGAUGGCGGUUUAGUCACGCAAAGUUUGCGCUCAGCUCUGGCAACUGAACUUCGGGCAUACCUUGGUCUGGUCGGUCAACUCGAAGGUCAGGUCCGGCGGGCGCUGGCAAUGUUGGACGACUCGAAGCCAAGGCGGGGCAUUGGAAAGGCCGGGGUUACUCUCAAAAGAUGUGUCAUCUGGACGAGAGAAGCUACCAUGGGCUUGAGGCUCAUGAGCUUGAUUAUGGAGGAAUCAACUGGCAAGAAAGGCGGAGAGCUCAUUUCCUUAAUCCAUUCCUUUUCUCUUUCCCACGGUGACCCGUUUGUGGUUGCCUUUGCGGAGCGGCUCCUGGCUCAUGUGACACGACCUUUCUACGACAAGCUACGACAAUGGAUUUACGAUGGAGAGUUAUCAGAUCCUUUCCUCGAGUUCUUCGUCUCCGAACAACACGAGGAUCCUAAUGAUGAGAAUGCCGGCAAAGGCGGUGCAACGAGCGUUUGGGAAGACAAAUACAAGCUGAACGAGAAGAUGAUUCCCUCGAUUGUUUCGUCGGAAUUUGCAAGCAAGGUCUUCCUCAUUGGGAAAACACUCAACUUCAUUCGAUAUGGCUGUGGUGAUGCGGCUUGGGUAGAAAGCUACUCCAAGGAUUCCUCCCGGGAGCUCCGUUACGGUGAUACCGCUGCGCUCGAGAGGAAUAUUGGGGAGGCUUACAAGACGAUCAUGGCCCGUCUCAUACACCUAAUGGCCGACAAGUUCAAGCUGUUCGAGCAUCUACAAGCGUUGAAGAAGUACAUCCUCCUUGGAGCCGGCGACUUCAUCGCCGUUCUGAUGGAGUCUCUCUCUUCCAACCUGGACCAGCCUGCCAACACGCAGUACCGCCACACUCUGACGGCUCAGCUUGAGCAUGCGGUACGAAACUCCAACGCUCAGUACGAAUCACCCGAGGUUCUCCGCAGACUGGACUCCCGUAUGCUCGAGCUCAGUCACGGAGAGAUUGGGUGGGACGUUUUCACGUUGGAGUACAAGAUCGAUGCGCCGGUCGAUGUCAUUGUCACACCGUAUGGCAGCAAACAAUAUCUCAAGGUUUUCAACUUCUUGUGGCGCGUUAAGCGUGUCGAAUUCGCUCUCGGCAGUACAUGGCGGCAGUGCAUGACCGGGUCGCGUCACUCUCUCGGGGUGGUUGAGGACAAGGUCGGCAAGGACUGGAAGAUAGCUCGUUGCGCGGUGGCUGAGAUGAUUCACUUCAUCAACCAGCUGCAGUACUACAUCCUGUUCGAGGUGAUCGAAUCGUCAUGGAACGAGCUACAAGCCAGCAUGCGAAAACCCGAGAGUACGCUGGACGACCUGAUCCAUGCGCACGCGCGAUAUCUCACCAACAUCACUCGCAAAGGCCUUCUCGGCUCCGAACGCAUGGACUUCACCGGGCAGCUGCAUGAACUCCUCAAGAUCAUGCUCGCUUACAAGGCUGCUGUCGACGGGCUGUACUCGUUCUCGACGGCCGAAUGUGCGCGGCGCCAGGGAGGCAAGAUUGCGGAACGCACAGCUAACGGGGAAUGGGGAAUCAGCGAGAGGGAGUCCGCAAAUGGCUCGCCCACAGCGGCGGCAGCGGCGGCGAAUCUACGCGGUUCGGGCGACGACAACUCUCCGUUCGCGCCUCCACUAUUACUCGGCAACGCCUUGUCCGAGGACGACAUUCUCGAAGGGCUGCGCAACAGGCUAGGCAUGCUCAGCAGAGAGUUCAAGGGACGGGUGAAUAUUCUGCUCGGCGACCUGUACCAUCAGCCUGACGCGGACAUGCGCUGGCUGGCCAUGGUGAUGAACUUCAACGAGGUUUACCAGCCUGCGCGGAGGAAGCGCGGGCCCAGCUCGCGAAGGAGAGACGGGCGUGAGGGCGGGGAGAAGGAAGCCAAGCUUUCGGGGGCGAAGUCAGCCGAAGGCAGCUUCAAAGAGGAUGACAAGAAGUAA